AGCAACGAGGACACAUUCCUUCACAGCAGAGACAGAAACUCAUAAACAUCUUCCAGUAAUCAGCAAGUUAAAACUUGUUUAUAACUCAGCAAGUUUUAACUUGGAAACAUUUCAGACAAAUCAGUUCUACAACUUAAAGCCUCCAGGCUAAAAGAGGCCAAAGUUUAAAGAACUUUAUGUUCAGGAAUGAAGAGGGAAGAUCAGCGAUGAUCAGAUAUCAACACACCUGUGCUGUGAGAGGGGGCGGAGCUUCCGGUGGGUGCGGUUCAAGUUCUGAAGAAUCAGGUCCGGUUCUCCAGUGGCUCCGACUCGGUUUGUGUGAACAGAAAGAGAAGCAAAGAUCGGAUCAGCAGGUGAACACACCUGUGCUGUGAGAGGAGGCGGAGCCUCAGGUGGGUCCGGUUCAAGUUCUGGAGAAUCAGGUUUUGUUCUCCAGUGGCUCCGACUCGGUUUGUGUGAACAGAAGGAGAAGCAAAGAUUUGAUCAGAUAAAAGAUGGCGGAGACGCAGGACGUCCAGCAGGAAGUGGAUUUUGAGAAAGAACUUUUCAGGGUUCGCCCUGAGUUUGUGAAGAGAGUUUCAGAGGAAAUCCUGAUUCAGCUCCUCGAUAACCUGGAAACAGAUGGUGUCUUUAAUCUUUCGGAGAAGCGGGCAAUACUUGAAGGGAACCAAAUAACAGCAAACAAGGCCCGGAAGACCAUAGAUGAUGUGAGAAUGAAAGGACAGAGAGCCUGCAGAUUGAUGAUCAAACGUCUUCAAUUUAUAGAUCCUACCCUGUCCAAUCAGCUGAGUUUGACCUCCAACUCCUCUGAUUUAGAUUUUGAUGAUCGAUGUCAACAAGACCACAAACAGUCUCUAAGGAAAACCUUCGAAUACUUCGCCCACUGUGAAGGCGUUGCAAAAAGGGAAGAGACAACAUUUCUGAAUGAUAUUUUCACAGAGCUCUACAUCUUAGAAGGAAUAACUGGAGAGGUCAACCAGGAACAUGAGGUCAGACAGAUUGAAACAGCAUCCAGGAAUCAAGCGACAAAAAUAAAACUGGAAGACAUCUUUGAACCCAACCCUGCUAGAAAGCAACGGAUCAGAACAGUGAUGACCAUGGGAGUGGCUGGCAUUGGGAAAACACUGUUAACACAGAAGUUCACUCUGGACUGGGCUGAAGGCAAAACCAACCAGAACAUUGAUUUCAUAUUUCCAUUCACUUUCAGAGAGCUGAAUGUGUUGAAAGAAGAAAAGUUCAGUUUAUUAGAACUGAUUCAUAAAUUCUUCACUAAAACCAAAGAAAUCAGCAGCUUUGAAACGUUUCAGGUUCUGUUCAUCUUUGAUGGUCUGGAUGAAAGUCGACUUGAUCUGGAUUUCAAGAACAAUCUGAUCCUGACUGAUGUUACAGAGUCCAGCUCACUGGAUGUUCUGCUGACAAACCUCAUCAUGGGGAAACUGCUUCCCUCUGCUCUCCUCUGGAUAACCACACGACCUGCAGCAGCUAAUUUGAUUCCAAAUAAGUCUAUUGACAGGGUCAUAGAGGUCAGAGGGUUCACUGACCCCCAGAAGGAGGAAUACUUCAGGAAGAGAUUCAGAGAUGAUGAAGAGAAGGCCAACAGGAUCAUCUCCCACAUCCAGAAAUCAAAAACUCUCCACAUCAUGUGUCACAUCCCAGUUUUCUGCUGGAUCACUAGUAAUGUUCUGGAGAAUCUGAUGGAGACCAGAGAGGGAGGAGAUCUGCCCAAGACCCUGACUGAGAUGUACAUAGAGUUCCUGGAGAUUCAGCUCAAAAUCAAGGAGGAAAAGUUUGAUAGAGGAACUGAAGACAAUAUAAAACUGAUUGAGUCUCUAGGAAGACUGGCUUUUGAUCAGCUGCUGAAGGGAAACCUGAUCUUCUAUGACAAAGACCUCAAACAGUGUGACAUCAACAUCAAAGAUGCUGCGUUGUUCUCAGGAGUUUUCACUAAAAUGUUUAAAAAGGAGAGAGGGACGCGUGACAUCUCCGUCUACUCCUUUGUUCAUCUGAGCAUCCAGGAGUUUCUGGCUGCAGUCUACAUGCUCCACUGUUUCACCAGCAGGAAGUCAGAGGUGAUCCAGACGUUCCUGGGAGAAAAAUACAGAGAAACAUCUCUAGAUGAGUUCAUGAAGAAAGUCAUGGAGAAAUCCCUCAGCAGUGAAAAUGGCCACCUGGACCUGUUUGUCCGCUUCCUUCAUGGUCUCACUGUGGAGUCCAGCCAGAGCUUCUUAGAAGAUCUGCUGGGUCAGAGAGAGAACAGUCCAGAAACCAUCCAGAGAAUCAUCACCAACCUGAAGGAGAUGAACACUGAUAGAAUCUCUCCUGACAGAAGCAUCAACAUCUUCUACUGUCUGAUGGAGAUGAACGAUCUCUCAUUUUAUCAGGAGAUCCAACGGCUGCUGGAUUCAGGGAAGAAGCUCUCAGUGACUGACUGUUCAGCUCUGGCCUUCAUGCUGCUGAUGUCAGAGGUUCUGGAUGAGUUGGACCUGGAGAAGUACAACACAUCAGAAUCAGGACGACUGAGACUGGUUCCAGCUGUGAGGAACUGCAGAAAGGCUCGACUUGGUGGCUGUGAGCUCCAAAAGGAUGAAUGUAAAGUUUUGGCCUCAGCGCUGAAGUCCAACCCAGAUCUGACUGAACUGGAAAUAAAUCAGAUCUUCAUAUAUGAAGGUGGAGAAUCUGAUCUGAAGCCUCUGGUUGAGAUCCUGGAGAGUUCAGUCAGUAAAGUGAAGAAUCUGAGAUUGAAUUACUGCAGUUUGUCAGAGACCAGCUGGACUUCUCUGUUCUCAACUCUGAAGUCCAAACCGACCCAUCUGACAGAACUGGACCUGUUCAGAACCAACCUGGAAGGUUCUGGAGUGAAGGAUCUCUGUGGUUUUCUACAGACUGAAGGCUGCAGACUGGAGACAUUGAGAUUGAAGUGGUGCAGGUUGUCAGAGACCAGCUGGACUUCUCUGUUCUCAACUCUGAAGUCCAAACCGACCCAUCUGACAGAACUGGACCUGAACGAAACCAACCUGGAAGAUUCUGGAAUGAAGGAGUUCUGUGGUUUUCUACAGACUGAAGGCUGCAGACUGGAGACAAUGAGAUUGAAUGACUGCAGUUUGUCAGAGACCAGCUGGACUUCUCUGUUCUCAGCUCUGAAGUCCAAACCGACCGUUCUGACACAACUGGACCUGAGCAGAACCAACCUGGAAGAUUCUGGACUGAAGGAUCUCUGUGGUUUUCUACAGACUGAAGGCUGCAGACUGGAGACAUUGAGAUUGGAGGGCUGCAGGUUGUCAGAGACCAGCUGGACUUCUCUGUUCUCAACUCUGAAGUCCAAACCGACCCAUCUGACAGAACUGGACCUGAGCUUCACCAGCCUGGAAGAUUCUGUAGUGAAGGAGUUCUGUGGUUUUCUACAGACUGAAGGCUGCAGACUGGAGAAAUUGAGAUUGAAUUACUGCUGGUUGUCAGAGACCAGCUGGACUUCUCUGUUCUCAGCUCUGAAGUCCAAACCGACCCAUCUGACAGAACUGGACCUGAGCAGAACCAACCUGGAAGGUUCUGUAUUGAAGGAGUUCUGUGGUUUUCUACAGACUGAAGGCUGCAGACUGGAGACAUUGAGGUUGUUUGACUGCUGGUUGUCAAAGAUCAGCUGUGAUUAUUUGGCUUCAACUCUGAAGUCCAACAGCCUCCAUCUGAAAAAACUGAACCUGGGAGGAAACUACCUGAAGGAUUCAGAUGUUCAGCAGCUGAAGGAUCUUGUAAAGAAUGUUCAGUUCUGAUCUCUGUAAAGUAGAGAAUGAUCUCUGUGUCCUGCUGAUCCUCAGAGGUUGAAGCUGCAGCAGUUUGAGUCUAAAGAGAGUCUGACUGAAUCAUGAUGAUGACCUCUGACCUCAAAGAUUUUCCUCUUGUUUAUUUUCUCUUGUCUGUCAUUUAGUGUCUGAUAUUGUUUGUGUCUUUGGAUCAAUAAAGAUCCAAUUCAAACUGGGCUCCAUUUAGAGGCUUGAUGGAGUUUUGAUCUGAACUGGAUUCAACUGGAAAGUUGAUCUUUUUUCUCUCUGGUUCAUUUUCAUCCUGGAACCAGAAAUAUUAAAAAGGUUCAAUUCCAGUUUCCAGGCUGCAUAUUUGCUUAAUUUUUUUUUCAGUUUCUGGAUAUUUCCAUCUUUCUGAAGGUCAAAUGUAAAGCUUAAUGAAGAUAAAGUUUCAUCUGCUGCAUCUUUACCUUUGGUAGCAUUGGAAACACUUUUCAGAGACUUUCAGAUCUGCUUUGAAGGAUUUUCUCUGUUUUUCCUGCAGAACUUCAUUGAAAUGUUUCUCCAUCUAAAUGAUGCCCUCAGUCAUAAACUCUUUCCUCUAAACUAGAUCUCAACUUCCUGAUUCCUUCCUUCUUCUACAAAGAUCCUCUGUUCAUGUUCAUGUCCUCAUCUUGACUCCAUCAUGUUUUGUCCUCCAGUGAAACGUCGUCUUUUUCUUGUAGAUUUUCUUUCUCAGUCACUGAAAAUGACUUUAAAAUUCCACUGAGAAGGUUCUUCUACUGUGUUAUUUCUUGAACAGCAACAUCUUUCCUUCAGUUAACUAAUAUUUGCUCAGUUUUAUCAUUAAUCUCAUUUAUUAUUAAACUGUUCUGAAGGAUUUUUUUGUGUAUCUACUGGCUUUGACCACAGGAUGGCGGUAGAGAGCGAGUCUGGUAAAGAGAAAAAAAAUAUUUUAUUUACUCCAGUUGUCCAAUAUUUAAAUAAUUAUCCACAAUUAAUAUUUCUGCAAGGAUUUUUAUUGAAUGUUUAUUUUUUCAGUUACUACAUUUCUAUAGAAACUUUGAAUAUAAAUGUUUGCAAAUAUAAUAGAGAUUAAUUUCCAUUCUUCUGCUUGUUUUCAUAUUCUUUCCAUGGAAACCAAAGAUAAUAACCUCGUACCUUUGUGAAAGUUUUGUAUUAUGACAAAUUAUAAAGUAAAAUUUCUUUGUGUUAUGAGAAGUUCAGAAUAAAUGAUUGUUUUA